AUGCCGGCCGCCGACGCCCAAGUAUGGACGUUCCCCAGGCCCAAAAAGACGCGCAGACGUCCUCCCCCACCACCAGCACCCCAACGCGCCGCACCGCCAAUGUCCGCAUCCGCCAUCAAGGCAGAACACCUGAGCGCGAAAAGGGACUGGGCGUCGUCAACCUGCUGCACCUCCCUCCGCAAGCUCAUCGCCUCCCACGGCCCGGCCCUGUCCCCCGUCACCAGCGCCGUCUGCCUCGGCCUCGGCACCUUCGACCCGCACGACGGCUCGUGCGAGUCCAAACGCCGCACCCAUCGCCAGUUCAUUGCCUUUCUCACCAUGGUCGAAGAGCUGGAGAAACUCGCCGGCACACGGAUCGAGUGCAUCUUCCAGGAGCCGCUGUUCACGGCCGCGGAGAGGACGUUUCUGACCGGCAUGGGCUACCGCGUCGUCGACCACCCCGUGGCGUGCCGCGCCGUGACGGCCGACUCGCUGCUGUACGGGGUUCACUUGUACCGCGAGCUGUACGAGGAGGCGCUGCGUACGGCGCUGCCGGCCGUGUUUGUCGGAACCGACUGGGACACGUGGGACGGGUAA